UGAUAGAAGGGAUGAAGCAGAGGACGAGAAAGAGAGAGGACCGCGAGGGAAAAGAGAGAGAAAAGGAGGAAAGAGGGUAGAGGCGCGUGCGGUGCGGCUGUCUGCGGCUGCUCGUCCGUCAGUCGGUGGUCGUGGGUGGUCGCACGCACGCUCGGGGGUGACGGGUGCGUCUACAUUCGCGACGAGGGCGAUGGAGGCUCCGUGCGCCUUGCUGGUGAUCGAGUGAGACGCGCCAUUCGUUGAACCGUCGUCGUUAUCGUCGUCGUCGUUCGUGGUAUCAAACCGUCCGCGAUAAGAGUGGCACGAACGGACAAGAACAACGCGUAAAAGAGGGAAUCCGCGUGCAUAACGGGGUGACAAAAUGUCGAUGUAUCACUGUUUAUCGUGAACCAGUUGAAGAAACAAGGCAGAGAGGCAGAGGGAGGGAGAGAGAAAGAGAGAAAAAAAGGGGGUUGAACACGGUGACAAACACUUCUUUCUCUCUUUUGGACUGUCGAUUAGUGAUAAUUUGACCCAACAUUAGGUGGAUCGCUUUAAUCGUGCUUGCCGCAUAGCAAUUUAGAGACGUAGACGUAGACGUAGACUAUCAUGAUGGGCGACACAGACGGACGGAGCUCCGUCACGUUUCUUGCCUUUCCAGAGGGGCAAGGGAAAGAGUGGGAGAGAGAAACAAAGAAAAGGAAAAGAAAGUGAUAUUUCUCCGGAUAGGACGAGGGUGCGAGAAUCACACAACAUGGCAAGGACCGAUCAUCGCCCGAUCAUGCGACGUAACUCGUAACGGGAACGGGGGCUGCCCCGAAUACGGAGUCACUUUGAGACGGGAAGCGAGGAAGCGACCCGGUAACCCGCGGAGCGAUGUACGCCGCGGCGGGUGGUGCGAGCAUCGCCAACCGGAGGAAGCAGAAGCGGCUGCAGCUCAACAAACAGGCGCCGGUCAACGUCGUUCCACCAAGACUGAAGACCGGCUUGCCGCCUGGCGCGCGUUAUCACCAGCAGCACCACCAGCAUCAGCAUCAGCAUCAACAUCAGCAUCAGCACCAACAUCAGCACCAGCAUCACCACCAGUACCAUCAGCACCACCACCACCAUCAUCAUCAUCCGACCAAGCUCGCCGCCCGUUCGCACCAAGUCGCAUCGACACCGCAAGCCUCGCGAGCACAUCCACAGCAGGCGCCAACGUCGACGUCGUCGUCGUCCGCCGCGUUCCACUCGGUCAUCGACGAUCGGCGCCGUCACACCGACCAUCACAAGUCCCAGCAGGUCGCCCCGGUCUCGCCGAUUCAAUUCCCGAUCUCGCCACCCCCGCUCUCCCUCGAGUCCUCGGCGUCCGCUACCACUUUUCCGGCCAACAAGUCCAGCAACUUUCCUUUCCCGCCACCCUCGAUCCUCGAUCUCCGAGUCUCGCCUCCUACUUCGGAGCUACAGUGCGGUGGUCAGGGACCCGGCGGCAAAGCGGCAUGGCAAGGAUGCAACAGACCUUCGCCCCUCCCCUUAUCUCCUACGUCGCCCGGAUACAGAACGAAGCAAUGCGAAGCACAUCGGCGAUGGAUGAAAAGAAACAGGAUAAGAGACGCCAGCUACUGCUACGGGAGCAGUGGCGAGGACGACGACGAAGAUGACAGCAGUAACGCCAUUCGUCAUCGGGGCGAAGUCAGCGCGGCGGUCAACACCGUGCUCUACGUGGGUUUGGGGACCACCGCGCUUGGGUUAGUUAUCUCGUUCGUCGGUACCGGAGAAAAGGGCUUCCUGAGCCCACAGCUGAGGCUGGUCGGCCCGUCGUUACUAUGCGCCGGUCUGCUGUGCUGUCUAAUACGCGUGCUGCUGUGCCUCUGUCUGUGUCACUGCGGCCAGUGCCGCUGGCCAUUCUGCCAGGUUGCCUCGCACAAGGAGAAAGCGAGGAAAGCGGACGCGCGACCGGGAGGACCAGGAACGUUAUCGACCGCCUCGCUGUUGCCGCCGUCGACGCAACAGGAACGGGACCGACCUACGGUCGCGCCCACGAGUCGCUCCGUGUCACCGGCGACGAAAGGACACGAGCUCCUGCUCUCACCUGCCCAAUUACCGGAGUGAAGGGACAACUCGUGAUCGCGCGCCACGAACAUUUUCUACGAAUGAAUUCUAUAUACGCCGAUUUACUGCCGGUUCACGCCCAAUUACUCGAGUACUUUAGUUUCCGUUGCGGCCUGAACCGCGAGCUCUCGCAGCGCCUAAAGAGUAGUCUAAAAAUGCGUUUUAGAGCUUAAACAAUAGAAGAAUAAAGAAAUCGGCUACGUUUUUCUA